CUUUUAUUUAACUUAUAUUUAUUCAUUUCGCUUAUAGUUACGGUCUCUUCUCGUUUGUUUAGUUUUCUACAAAUUCCUUCACCUCCCUUCAAUCAUUAUCCUCGGCUAUUAGCAAGUUUUACGAUUUUCUCUCCCGCGCCCGCAGAUUAGGUCUGCCCUUUCGCAAUGAUGUCAAGACAUAUCCUCACCGCAGCACGAAUACUGCGCCGGCCCGCGUUGCAACAUCCGUUACGGGGUGGGCUUCCUUUGCCUCUUCUCAUGGCCCAAGUUCGCAGCUAUGCACAGAUCAUCGUAAAAGUCCCGCAGAUGGCUGAGUCUAUCAACGAGGGCACCCUCAAACAAUGGGCCAAGCAAGUUGGCGACUAUGUACAGAGGGAUGAGGAGAUUGCAACCAUCGAGACUGACAAGAUUGAUGUCGCUGUUAAUGCGCCUGAUUCCGGUGUACUAAUAGAGCUUCUUGCUAACGAGGAAGAUACGGUCACCCUGGAUCAGGAGAUCGCGAAGAUAGAGCUAGGAGAGCGCAGUGCAAGUUCCGGGGCCGGGGAGCCACCUGGGAAGGAAGACGCUUCCGCCAAUUCUCGAUCAGCACCCCUGGGAGACGAAGGCAAGCCAGAAAAAACCUAUCCGCAGUCGCAGCCAGAGCCGAGCUCUGAGGCCGGCAAACCUACACCGCCGCAAGAGUCGAUAAAGGAGCCUGCACCCAAGAAAGCCCAGCCGACAAAGGAUAAUUCUGUUAGCUCUGGACCUAUAUUCGGGAGUAGAGAGGAGCGACGUGUGAAGAUGAAUCGCAUGCGGCUACGGAUCGCCGAACGGCUAAAGCAGUCCCAGAAUACGGCUGCAUCUCUAACAACAUUCAACGAGGUCGAUAUGUCAUCGCUGAUGGAGUUCCGCAAGCUUUACAAGGACGAGAUCCUCAAGAAAACCGGUGUGAAGCUCGGAUUCAUGAGUGCUUUCUCCCGCGCAAGCGUCUUAGCCAUGCGGGAUAUUCCUGCUGUCAACGCCUCGAUUGAGGGCGAGAACGGCGGUGACACCAUUGUGUACCGGGACUACGUCGACAUUAGUGUCGCCGUCGCGACUGAAAAGGGCUUAGUUACACCGGUGGUUCGGAACGCUGAAUCCAUGGAUAUGGUUGAAAUCGAAAAGGCUAUCGCCGACAUGGGAAAGAAAGCCAGGGAUGGUAAGCUUACCAUUGAGGACAUGGCUGGCGGUACGUUUACGAUCAGCAAUGGAGGAGUCUUCGGUUCCCUCAUGGGCACGCCCAUCAUCAACCUGCCACAGAGCGCUGUGCUAGGCCUUCACGCGAUUAAGGACCGGCCCGUUGCCGUUGAUGGCAAGAUCGAGGUUCGACCUAUGAUGUACCUUGCUUUGACCUACGACCAUCGUUUACUGGACGGUAGAGAAGCUGUACAGUUCUUGGUUAAGGUCAAGGGGUAUAUUGAGGACCCUCGGAAGAUGCUUUUGGGCUAAUGUCCCGGACUUCUGUGGAGCGGUCGCUGGAUGUUAUGGUAACGGCGUGUGAUUUUCCUACAGUGUACAGUACGGCGGUCCUCCUGUGAGAAGGUCCUGGAACGAAGCAUACUACACGUUAUAUAGAGAGCUGUUUUCCUCACGCCUUAGUUGGCACAUCAUCGGUAAACUAUAGACUUUAUAUAUUAUUAAAAUAAUAUUCUACUUUUUUAUAA